AUGGCUUCUGGUGCAUCCUCCUUGGACAGUGCUGGGAGCAGCGAUGGUGCGCUUAAUAUGGAGGGGGAUAGUGGAAGCUAUGGCAGUGUUGGAAGCCCAGUUGGUGGUCCUGAAUGUCGUAGCGACUAUGACAGUGUGCAGGCUCAAUGUGAUCAGGCGAUUCAUCAGCUUCAGCUACUUAGACAUAAGCACUCCGAUACCAUAAGACGGUGUGAGAUUACUAUGAAAGAAUUGGAGUAUUAUCGGGGGCAACAUAUAGCAGUCAUGAAUCAACUGGAAGCCACAUCGCAAGAAAGCUCUUCGUUACGAGCAAAAUAUAGUGAUCUAGCAAACGACAAACAACGGUUGGACCGAGAAGUCCAGUCACUGCAGAAAGAACUUUCAGAAUUGCAGCGCAUACAGAAUCAAGAGGUUCUCGUCGCUGAUGCCACGGGGAACGAUGCUAUGAAUCAGCACUAUCUCUCCGCGUUACGAAAAUACGAAGCCGUUAAGGACGAAUACGAUUCCCUCAGGAAACGAUACGACGAUCUUAUAUCAUCUCAUUCUUCCGCCGUUAAUAAGCUAGAGUUAUCGCAAGAGGAAGCAAAGAGACUAAAGAAGCAGUACGAGAGCGUUCUAGAGGAACGUAACAGCGUACUCCGCGAGCGCAACGGUUUGAAACAGCAGUGCACCGCCGCGAUUCGCCAGUGGGAUAUUGCAUUGAGAGAAAGAAACGAAUAUCGUGAAGCGCUCGCAAAGGUACAGCAACAGCACGAGGAGGCGGUCAAGGAGAUCAAUCAGGCGAUGAUGCUCCGUAUGAAGGCCAGCAAGGAUAUGAAACGUCUCACAGAAGAACGAAAUGCCGCCUUGCAGGAAUACAGCCUGAUCAUGGGAGAACGAGACACAGUACACAAGGAAAUUGAGAAGUUGGGUGACGAUCUCACGCAAGCAUACACGAAAGUCACGCAUUUGGAAACGCAGAAUAAGCAGCUUGUUGAGGAGAAGAAAACAUUGUCAUAUCAAAUUGAGACUUUAAAGAGAGAGAUCUCUUCUGCUUUACAAGAUAGAGACGACGCCUUGAAGCUGUGCAAUGAAUUACGGCAGAAAUUUGGCGAUUACUCCGAAGGUUCUAGCAGAGACUAUAAACAUCGUUUGGAAUUGAAUUCGCUCAGUCAUGAACGCGACAGUGUCAGUAAGGAGGCAGAAAAGGAGACUAAUACGAGAGAUUACGCGACGCGAGACAAGCAACGCAUGGAUAAUUUGGAGCAAGCUAAUUUAGAGUUGGAUAAACUCAGGAAAUCCGUGGAGAAGCUUCAUGGGGAGCUGGAGGAGGCCCUUCAAGAGGCCGAGGUGUCUAAGAGAAGGAGAGAUUGGGCCUUCAGCGAGCGUGACAAAAUAGUGCUGGAACGUGAGAGCAUAAGAACUCUGUGUGAUAGAUUACGGAAGGAGCGCGAUCGCGCGGUCUCCGAAUUGGCCGGCGCCCUACGCGAUUCCGACGAUAUUAAGAAGCAACGAAACGAAGCGUCGAAGGAAUUGAAGGAUCUGAAGGAGAAAAUUGAGUUUGGUGACCAUGCAUUGCGAACUAGUCAGUUGGCGCAGAUUGAUGAUAGUAACGACUGGGAUAUGAUUCCAAUUCACGUGGAACCCGGCAGGAUCUGCUUGGAUUCAGAUCGCGGUGACUUGGGACUGAUUCUCGUCGGCGGUCGCGACAGUCCAUAUUAUCCGAAUGACACUGGCGUCUACGUCGCGCAAGUGACCCAGGGUAGCGCCCUCGAUGGUAAACUACGGGUGAACGAUUGUAUUGUGCGAGUGAAUAAUGUCGACUGUACGUCUGUAUCGACCCGUGUAAUCUUAGAGACUCUGCGCUCGUCCACCGUGAAUCCGGCAACACUAAUCGUAAAGCGACGUCGGAUAACCAGACGAUCAUUGAGAACUACACAGCUGUCGGUCGGCACAGUGCCACACGGUAUUACUCUAGAACUUGGCAUCUACAUUUCGAAAAUAUCGCCCGGCAGCUUAGCGGCUAAAGAUGGAAACCUUGCCGUGGGAGACAGAGUAUUAAACAUUAAUAGUAAACCCAUGGACACUAUAACUACAGCGCAUGAAGCGAUGGCUAUUCUAAACGAUGAUACUGUAGACGUACUAACCAUCACUACAUUGAAAGGUAUUCCAGUACCCUCCGCUGCCAGCUCGGAAACGGUGACGAUAGACGGCAGUUUCGUUGCAGAGAAACAAAAGAUGGUAAAUAGCUGUUCGCAGACUGAGCAAGAAAGAAUGAUGCUGAAAGCCUCAUCAGAUGACUACGAGAGACGAUAUCUGUCAACGAAUUUCGCUGACCGUAACGUCUACAAGGCUGCGAAAUCUGUAAGCGGCGAAAAAUCGAGCGGAAUCAGCAAUGCUUGGGACAAUUUCCGGGAGAAGAUUGAUAUAGUACGUGGUCGUAAACAUAGCAAGGAGCGCGACGAGAGCAAGAAAAAGAGCCAUCGCAACUCUAGUCCGAAUACGUUCGAGCAGGAGCAAGACGCGAUAGCAGAACUGGAUUCGGUGAUCGACAGCUACCACAAGAAGGCGAGCAAUAGCAACAACGGCGUGUUAAAGCGCAGCAAACGCCGCGGUGCUGAGAAGAUCGAGAAGAACGGCGGCACGUGGCCAAAGGCACGCGGCGGACCCCUCAUACAAAAUGGGACCGGUACUAUAUUGCACCCGCGCAAAUCGAAAGAACGUUUUCCUCUCAGUGUACUCCUGCAUCCACCAAAAUACGAUAACUAUAGUUAUAAUCGUAUCUCCAACCCCAUCCCCUUGACCAAUUUUUCCAAUGUCAAUAAUCGUCAUACCGUUUACAAAGCAGUGGAGACCCCGCUACCGAGCUUCAAGACCGGACAGCUCUUUAACCAGAAGCCAUCGUUCACGCCGGCGGUGCAGUUCAAGGACAUCCCGAUCGACGGUGGCAGUAAGAAGCCGCCGUCGACGGAGUUCGAGAGCAGCACGUCGGAGACCGGGCGACUUGGCUCCGCGCUGGCGCCAUCCGAGACUAGCAUCGAUUUCUCGGUCAAGUCCGGCGGUGCCAGCCGCGACGUUGACUCGUACUUCGCGAACAAACGGCCGCAAAAGUAUACUACGGGCAGCAGUAGCGAUACGCAGGUGACCACGGAUACGCUACAGCACAAUCGCGUUCACUCACAACUCUACUCGUCGGGCAUCGGUGGUUCAUCCACGUCUGCCGCGUCGACCACCAGCGGGCCGACGUCGCGACAGCAAUUGGCACCUGGUAACUUUCCGUUUCCCUCGCAUCAUCCGUACGCCGCGUCGUCGCACCUGCAUCAUCUGCAUCCGCAUCCCACGCAGCACCAGAAUUCCUUGCCCUUGCGUUAUCCCUCGCCACCGUCGUUGCCGUCCGCGCAAUCAGGCGAGUCCAUAGGCCUGCCUGACGCACGUACCUACUGUUUCGAGCCUCCGUAUAGCCCUGGACCUUCGCAGACGACCCCGACCACUUUCGGCCAUCUGCACACGCCCUCCAUAGAUCUGCACUAUCACAAGUCACGUGCACUUCCGCUCGGUAUACCCUGCGACACGUCUAUCUACGGGCACGGAUACGAAGGUGGCACAUUGCCAGGCCGGAAGGAAGACCAGCGCAUCCGUAUACCGUCCAACACUAGUGUCACGUCCAAGAGUAGUGUUGGCAAAUUGUCUACUGGCAGCAUAGAAAGAACCUCCGAGCGUGGCAGCCCGAUGCCGACGUUCCACGUAGAAGUGUUGAGCCCAGGCACUGGUAGCACUAGCGGGAUUGGAAGUAGUGGUGGCACUGUCAGAGGAAGCAGUAGCAGCAACAAGCGGGCCAGCAUGCCAGAUUACUGUUACUCGCAACCACGACCGGCACCUGGAGAACUACGCAGGGUCCACAUAGACAAGUCCGUGGAACCGCUGGGAAUUCAAAUCUCAUGCCUGGAGAGUGGUGGUGUGUUUGUCUCCACCGUAUAUGAGCACAGUCUGGCAUCGCAGGUCGGCCUACAAAUUGGUGACCAAUUGUUGGAGGUUUGCGGUAUAAAUAUGCGAAGUGCGACCUACCAACUGGCUGCUAAUGUUCUACGUCAGUGUGGUAACUCGAUUACAAUGCUGGUGCAAUACAGCCCGGAUAAAUACACCGAGUUAGAAGGCUCGGCAUCCUCGAGUUCGUCGGAAGCCGGCGAUGGAGCUGCGACCGGAAGUCGUAGCGGCUCGCCAACUCCGUGCAAUAGUCCAGAAGCACCUCGAAAGAGUACAGUGGAAACACUGGAACCUGCUGAACCCGAACGUGACGCAACCAUCACUAUCACCACCACCGCUCCUACCGUUACCACUACUGCCGCACCUACAAUGAGUACACUGCGCGUCGAACACAUGCGGCCAUCCGCCUCGCUAGAGGUAAGAAGCACACAAGAGCGGGAACGCGAGAUGAGGCCCUCUGCGUCGUUGGACAUCAAUAUUCGCAAACCAGAACUUCGCAGCGCUGCCACGUUAGAUCGAUUGAGUCGUGCACAGAUGCAACGGCAAAACGCGAUGAGAAGUCCUACACAGGAGGAACAGAAUCGAAAGCCACCACCGAGUGGUGAGCCCCGAUAUCUAUUGAUUGAGACCAGGAAAUGCUCGAACCUUGGUAUAUCGUUAGUGGGUGGAAACGGUGUCGGUAUUUUUGUGCAUUCUGUUCAGCCAGGCUGUCUCGCUGAAGAGGCCGGUUUGUUUGCUGGAGAUAGGAUUCUAGAAUACAACGGCGUAGAUCUGAGACAGGCAACCGCCGAGCAAGCCGCGCUUGAACUGGCUCGACCGGCCGACAAAGUGACGUUAGUCUCUCAGUACAUGCCAGAGCGAUAUAACGAAGUGAAAGACAAACCAGGCGACAGUUUCUACGUGAAGGCAUUGUUUGAUAGAACCGGCGAAGUGGGUGAUAGUCUGCAGCUACGAUUUAGUAAAGAUGACAUUCUUUACGUGGAUAAUACUAUGUUCAAUGGCACACCAGGCCACUGGCGCGCCUGGAUAGUUGAUCAGACCGGUCGUAGGCAAACUUGCGGGAUAAUUCCAAGUAAAUUUAAGGUCGAAGAAGAAUUGCUCCUACGUCGAUCUUUAGGCGACUUGGAACAAGAUACUGGCAAACGCAGCAAUACUAGUGCGAGAAGAAGUUUCUUCCGUCGAAAAAAACAGCAACAACGGUCAUCCAGUAGUAGAGAUAGUUGUAAAGAAAUAUCGCAUCUUACGGGAGUCAAUUUGGGAUGGUACAGUGACAGUGGUACAUUAAACGAAGACACUCUUCCAGCGAGUUAUCAGCGCGUCGAGAGACUUGAUUAUCCUACUCUGAGACCCUUGCUGAUCGCUGGUCCGCUCAGCGAAUGCGUGGUAACAAAACUUUUGCAAGAAUACCCGGGACAGUUUACUAGAUGUCUGGCGGAAGCAAUGCAUUGUUCGCAAUCAACUUUGGAGCAAGGAUUACGCGAUUCGCUCUAUGUUGAUUAUAGGAAAAAGGGCAGCUACUUUGAAUGCACAACAGUGCAAGCCGUUAAAGAUAUAUGUGAAAAGAAUACAUACUGUAUUUUGGAUGUAUCAAUGGCUUCCAUUGAAAGGCUUCAUAGACAUCAAAUUUAUCCUAUCGUCCUUUUAAUCAAAUUCAAGGAUAGGACGCAAAUUAAAGAGGUCAAGGAUUCCAGAUAUCCAAGCGAUAAAAUCAGUACAAAGGCUGCAAAAGAGAUGUUCGAGCAAGCGCUUAAAAUAGAAGCAGAGUACAAGCAUUAUAUUUCUGCCGUGAUUCCAGCAGGCGUGAGUGUGGCAUACAUAUGCACACAGGUGAAAGCCUCAGUAGAAGAGGAACAGAGCAAAGCACUGUGGAUUCCUAGAGGAGGUCCCUGACACAAAAGGGGGGGUCCCCACAAGCCGCAGUGGAAGUCAAUCUAA